AUGGAAAAAAACUAAAUUGACCAAAGUAACGAUGUAAUAUAGCCAAUUUUAGAUACUGAGCUGAUUUGUAGACUCUUAAAGAAAUCAUCUCAUACUAGAACGGAAGUUGAUAUUGAGCUUCUUUCAUCAUAGCUUAAGAAUAUUAAGUUUUUUGAUUAAUAUAAUAAUGAUCAUGAUUAUGACAUAAUAAAAGAGUGCUGCAAAUAUCUUUAAAUAGAAACCUUUGAAUAAAAUGAAAAAGUAUUUGAAAUAGGCAGCUUUGGAGAAAAGUUCUAUAUCAUUAUAUAAGGAAAAGUUGGAAUUAACAUUAAAUUGACUAAAUAGGAUGUUGAUUUAAAACAAGUCAAAGAAUUAAAAGCAGGAGAAUCUUUUGGUGAAAUUGCACUCAUUUAUAAAAGGCCUCGUCUUGCUACAAUUAAGUGUCUUGAAAAUUGUAUCUUUGGUGUUUUAUCUCAAAAAAGCUAUUAAAACACUCUUUAGUCAAAAGAGUUAAAUAAAAUGUUAAAAGAGAUGUCUAUAUUAUAUAAGAUGGCCUUGUUUAGCUCUUGGACUUAAAAUAAAUUAAGAGAUCUAUAUUUAAAUUCUAUGUGGUUAAAUUAUAAGAAAGGAGAUUUGGUUUAUGAUCUAGGAGAUUCAGCUGAUAGUAUGUUUGUAAUUUAGGAAGGAGAGUUUGUCGUUUACACUAAAUCGAAUUUUGAAAAACUUGUUGGAGAAGAUGAACAUUAAGAUGAAUUCAUUUAAUUCAAACGUAAAAUUAAGGCUAAAGAGAAUAGCAAAAUAUAAUAAUAUUUAAAGGUAAGAAUUUUAUGUUAAGGAGAAUAUUUUGGUGAAGAGGAAAUUUUAAAUGAAUCAAAGAGAUCUUAUAAAAUCAUAUGCAACUCUUUUGAAGGAAAAGUUUUAAUGAUUAAAAAGGCUCAUUUCCUUAAUCAUGUUUUUUAAGAUGAGGUUUCCAAACAGUAUAUUCUAAACAGAUUGAAAGAAAAAAAUUUUUAAAUAGAGGAAAGAAUUAUGAGUAUGAAAAACUCUUUAAAAGAUUACAAGUAGUUUCUUUAUUAGGAUGUGAGUUUAGCUUAGUAGCAAAUACUCCAAAAGAGUAAGACUCAAUUAAUAAAAUAUGAUCCUUUGGAUACUCAUCAAAUUAUUGAUAAAUUAAUAAUCUCAAAGAAAAAUAAAAAUAUAUAAGAUGAAAAAAAUUCUGUAAGAGGAGCUUCAACUUCACCACUUAAAGCUUAAAGAACAUUACCUGCUAUUUAAUCAAUAUCAUCGUUUACAUAGUUAGAUGCACUUGAGCCUUCUAGUCCUUUAAAAUCUCAAACAAAUAUACAAAGACAAAGUACAGUUUUAACAGGGGAUUAUUUUUCAAAUUGUUCUCCAACUCACAAACAAUAGAAAGUUAAAUUUUAAGUAUCUCAGUAAGUUGGAAAUAUUUCUCCUCCAAAAUUAUCAGAAAUGACACAAUCUACAAACAGAAAUUAUGAAAUGUAUUUGAUAGAAUCACCUGUAAGAAUCCAUCUUAGUCCAUCUAAAAACCCAAAUAAAUAAAUGAAAUAGCUGAAUUUCAAUUUAAAUGAAAAUAACCUUUCAAUUAACAAUAAAAUAUAAUCGAUGGUUAACAUUUAAGAUGAAACAAUAACUUAGAAUACAUGGCAAAGAAAUAUUUUGAAGCCUAAAUCCAUGGUUAUUUAAGAUCAAGAUCUUGAAGAAUCGCCUUGUCAUAAUAAAAAUUUAUUAAUUAAAAAUAACAUUGCUGCAUGCUAAUAAAAUUAAAAUUCAUAAUAGAUCACUUCUAGAACAAACGUGAGCAUAGCCUAGCAUUAUUCAUAGAAUAACAAAUAAAAUGAAGAAUCUAAAGACAAAUAUCAAAAUAAUUUUUAUGAAAAAAGCUAAGUGAAACUAAAUGAUAGAAUUCCACUAGAAAAUAAAAAUGAAAAUGAUACUGAAAAGAGUGAUAAUAAAUUAUACACAUAAAAAGAAGCAUCACUAAGGUCUCAUCCCUUAUAAAACUCUUAACUAUUAGAUAUAAAAGAUUAUGAUAGUAAUCCUUUAAAAGAUAGAAAAAUUUAAAGUACCUCACCAAUAAAAAAUAAGGUAGGACAAAUCAAUUCUCUGGAAGCUAGUUAAAAAGAAAAGGUUAAACUAAAGAUUUAGCUUAAGCCUGGUUUUGCUAGUGUUGACUCAACUCCAAUCGAGAGCCCUUUUAAAUUAAAUUUUGUAAGAUAAUAAAAAAUUUAGAGUAAUUUGGGAACAAUUAUUCCUCAAUCAACUUGCUAAAAUUUUACAUAAGCAACUCAAGAUGUAAAUUAGAACCUUUUAUAAUAAAAGUAGAAAACUCUUCUAUCUCGAAAAACUGUAAAUUCUAAUUUUAAAUCAACUCCUAUGUAAAUUGAUACAGGAUUUAACAUAUUUUCUGCAUUAGAUUAAGAUGAGCAAAAUCACUUGAAUAGACAAAUUAUUUAAAAAAUAAAUCACUAAUAAGAGCUAAUAAAUUUAAAAAAUCACUAAAAGACCUAUAUGAGGUAAUGGAGACAAAGAAGUAAUACUAGCAAUACUUAGAACAAAUUAUUUCAUUCGUUAAAUUAGAAUUCAUAAAAUAACUAAAGUAAUGAUAAUUCUAAAUUGUAAAAUUAAACAUUAUUAUUAGCCUAAUAAAAUUAAAAUGAUAUGCAUACAGAAAGUAAGGUAGAAACAAGUAAUAAAAGUACUAAAAAUUUUAUUCAAAUAUUAGAAAACUUGAAUUAUGAUUUAAAAAAUAAUGGUGAAUUUAGUCCUUAUCUUAAAAAGAAAAUAAAAAGUAUUGUGAAAAAUAAAAAUUAGGCAGAUGCAGCAAUAGUAGGCCUGAGCUAAGAUAUUUUAAAAAACAACAUUGUUUAACUUCAAUCAGCAGAUUAAAAAAAUAAUAAUCAAGUAGAAUAAAAUAUUGUCACUUAACUACCAACUCGUUCUCAAUCUAUGCUUAGCAUACAAACUGAAAAUAAAAACAGUAUUUUACUGAAUGAAGUUUGUUCAACUAAAAAAGCUGGUUUUUUAGCCUCAAAAAGGCCCUUAUUAUAAUAAAGUCCUAACAAACAAGAAUCAGAUUAAUUCAAAAGCUUAGUUGAAACUUUAGACUAAAGAUCAAAAACAAGAACAUCUUUUUAAAAAUUAAAUUUGUAAUCUGUGUCUAACUUAAAAACAAUAUAACAAAUUAACCUUAUAAACGAAAGUAAUAGCGAAUAAAAUGCUUUAAAAGGUAUCCCACAAAAUAAGCAAAAGAUUUUAAAGAAUUUAAUUUCUAAAUAACAAGUUUAAAUAUAUUUCUAGAAGUAACUUGAAAUGUUUAAUAAAGCGAAUUUAUAUCAUAAUAAUUAAGCAGUUACUUAAAGUCAAAACCAUAUUCCAGAAGAGUUUUAAUAAAAGCAAAAAAUAAAUAAAGAGAUUUUCUAGCAAAAAUUAAAAACUGAAGAUGACAGAAAAAGAAAAACUGUUUGUUCAUAUUUUGACUCUAAAAGUAAAAAUAAAAUAAAUGAAUUUGAUACUGAACCAUUCACAAACAAUUAAAAAUAAAACAUACCUUAAAUUUUAAAAAUAGAAUCUCUUUCUCCCAAAAAAACAGCUCAAAAUUCAGAAAGAUUGUUAAAAUCAGGUAACCAUAUAUAAUUCCCCUCUUUUUCAACUUAAUUCUCAAUUAAUGGAAAUGGAUCUAAUCAAAAAUUGUAAGAAAGCUAAAUCUCAAUAAAAAUAUCUCAAACAUCUUCACCUAAACACAGCAAAUAUCAAUCUUAACCUACUACUAUGCAAAACAUAAUUUGA